GCCGCGCCGCCCCGGCGCGCUCGUCCUGAGCCGCGCCGCCGAGGUUUCUGACCAAAGGGCCUGGGAGCUCCCUCCUCUGGCGCUGUGGGAAGCUUUAGCCAAUCCAAUGCACCCUGACAACAAACUGCCCAGCCAUGGCAAGGCAGGCAGCAGCGGUGCCCCGGCCCAGCACCACAACGUGAGCCAAGCACCCCCCUGCAACCUGGGCUCUAAGGGUGUGGGGGCAGGCAGCCAUGGCGGCAAGGCAACUCAGAUCUCCCCUGGCAACUCUGGACUGAAAACCAGCCAGAAUACUGUCCCAAACUUCAGCUCCUUGAAGGGCAAGGUGAAACGGGAACGAAGCAUCUCGGUGGACUCUGGAGAACAGCGAGAAGCCAGCACCCCUUCACAGGACACGGAAUCAAAAGGUGAGGUGGCUCCCCGUAGCAAGCGACGGUGUGUGCUGGAAAGGAAGCAGCCAUACAGUGGGGACGAAUGGUGCUCUGGGCCGGACAGUGAGGAAGACGACAAGCCCAUCAGCAGUGCACACAAUUGUAAUGUAGCAGACCCUGCAAUGUCAACGGCCUCACAGCUCGGCCCAGGGUCCAACCCGCUGCCGAACCUUAACGAGCCCAGCUCUGCCAGCGUGCCUCAUGCUGCUGCCCCUGGCCUGCGGUCCGACGCUGCAGGUGGCGGGGCGGGGAAGCCGCCCUCGCAGUUCGUUUAUGUAUUCACAACACACCUUGCUAACACAGCUGCAGAAGCUGUCCUGCAGGGCCGAGCUGACUCCAUUCUGGCCUACCAUCAACAGAACGUCCCACGAGCAAAACUAGACCAGGCACCAGCUCCUAAAGUGCUGGGGGUUGCUGAGCCGCUUCCCAUUAACCCUCCUGCUGCCAACACUCCACAGUCCCAGCCACCACCGGCACCUCAAGCGAGUCAGCCGCAGGCACAGCCCGCCCCGCCGCAGCCCCCACCUCAGACCAUGAGUCAGACGCCUCUGCCUGCACCCAGCAGCCUGCCCCAGGAAGGGUCAAGUGAAGAUGUCCGGAGAGAUCUGACUCCCAACUCUCUGGGGAAUAACGGGGCCAGCAGCCAGCCUGGAAGCAACCACCCAAACACACCCAGCACAUCUGCCACCACCAUGCAGCCCGGGCAGGUGGACUCCUCCACCACGUCUGGCUCCAGCCUCCUUGGCGAGGGCACAGGGAUGCCGGGGAACGGGCAGGCAGGCCUGGGCCCCAGGAACCCCAUGAACUCGGAGGGCCUCUCGAAGGAGCAGCUGGAGCACCGAGAGCGUUCUCUGCAAACCCUGCGGGACAUUGAGCGCCUGCUGCUGCGCAGUGGAGAGACUGAGCCCUUCCUGAAGUCCAGUCAGAACACGGGUGAGGGUGGGACUGCCCCUCAGCCACAGGCUGCCCCUGCCCAGGCCCCCGCACCCCCAACUGGCAUGAAGAAGUACGAGGAGCCUCUGCAGUCCAUGAUCUCCCAGACCCAGAGCCUCGGUGGGCCCAGCCUGGAACACGAGGUUCCCCACCAUCCAGGCGCUGACAUGGGGCAGCAGAUGAACAUGAUGAUGCAGCGGCUGAACCAGGACAGCCUGACGCCGGAGCAAGUGGCUUGGAGGAAGCUGCAGGAGGAGUACUAUGAGGAAAAGCGACGGAAAGAGGAGCAGAUCAGCAUCCAUGGUCGGCCCAUGCAGGAGAUAAUGAUCCCGCAGUCGAUGGGGAGCGUGAUGAUGCGUGGGCCCCCACCACCCUACCACAGCAAGCCUGGAGAGCAGUGGCCUCCCGGGAUGGGCAGCCAGCUGCGAGGACCCAUAGACGUGCAGGACCCAAUGCAGCUGCGGGGAGGACCACCCUUCCCAGGGCCACGGUUCCCUGGAAAUCAAAUGCAGAGAGUCUCUGGCUUUGGAGGGAUGCAGAACAUGCCCUUGGAUGCUCUUGGGCCCAUGAAUGCCAUGCAGAGGCCAGUCAGGCCCGGCAUGGGAUGGAAUGACGAUAUGCCUCCUAUGGGAGGCCCCGGGAACUUUCCGCAAGGUACCCUGCCGUAUCCAGCAGGGCAGGGGGACCCUGAAAGGUUCAUGAAUCCCCGUGCCAGGGAGGAGAUGCUGCGGCAUCAGCUGAUGGAGAAGCGCCCGGUGGCGAUGCAGAGGCCCAUGGGGAUGUCCGGCAAUGCCAUGAGCCAGGGCAUGGAAAUGGAGAGGAUGAUCCAGGCCCACCGGCAGAUGGAUCCAUCCAUGUUUGCUGGGCAGAUAACAGGGGACAGCCUGAGCAGUGCCCCGAUGGGAAUGGAUUUUGCAGGCACUCGGGGUAUGCUGAGCCCCACUAUGAGUCAGUCAGCCCUUCGGGACAUGGAUGCACCCAUGGGCCCUGGCAACCUCAACAUGAACAUGAAUGUCAACAUGAACAUGAACAUGAACCUCAACGUCCAGAUGACCCCACAGCAACAGAUGAUGAUGUCACAGAAGAUGAGGGGCCCUGACAUGAUGGCCCACCAGGGCAUGAGCCCUGAGGAGCUGGCCAGGGCUAGGGCUCAGAAUGGCAACGGCAGCACAAUGCUGGGGGGACCCCAGAAAAUGAUGAUUCCUUCCCAGUUCCCCAACCAAGGACAGCAAGGCUUCUCGAGUGGGCAAGGGCCUUACCCCAACAUGCCCCAGGAGAUGGGCAGCAGCUCGGACAUGUUCAGCCCCGAGCAAGGUGCCAUGCCCGUUGGGAGCAUCAGCAGCACCACCAGGCUCAGCCACAUCCCUCUGCCUCCAGCCUCCAAUCCUGCUCCCACACAAGGGGGGAACCUGGCCAACAUGCACCCGGCACCUUCCCGGGGGCUGGGCCGCCGGCCCUCUGACCUCAGCAUCAACAUUGGCCAGAUGAACUCCCCCAGCAUGGGUCACCUCAAGUCUCCCACCCUCAGCCAGGUGCACUCGCCACUGGUCACCUCCCCUUCUUCCAACCUCAAGUCCCCGCAGACGCCCUCGCAGAUGGUCAGCAUGCCACCUUCAAACCAGUCUGGACCCCUCAAGUCCCCCCAGGUGAUGAGCUCCUCCCUGAACGUCCGGUCUCCAACUGGCUCACCAAGCCGCCUGAAGUCCCCUUCCAUGGCUGUUCCUUCCCCUGGCUGGGUGCCAUCUCCCAAAGCCACCAUGCCCAGCCCAGGAGUCAGCCAGAGCAAGCAGACUCUCAGCAUGAACUCGUCUACUUCCAUGGCAGGACUGGAUCAGGGUUCACUCCCUUCUGGGCCUCGGAGCAGCUCUUCCGCACCAGCCAGUAACACCUCUAGCACCAUGAAUCCCAACAUGCCUUUUACUUCCUCUCCAGAUCCAUCCCCCUCCCAGAACCCCCUCUCACUGAUGAUGUCCCAGAUGUCCAAGUAUGCCAUGCCCAGCUCCACACCGCUUUACCACAAUGCCAUCAAAACCAUUGCCACCUCUGAUGAUGAGCUGCUGCCGGAUAGGCCUAUGCUUCCACCUGGGAGUAUGUCAGGUGUGACUGGGAACCAGCCAAAUCAACUGCACUUGAACUCCGUGGGGCCUGGGUCCUCUCAGAGCCCUAUGGGAAUGAACCUGCCUGGUCAGCAACCGCUCUCCCAUGAGCCAGCCCCAACCUCCAUGAUGCCCUCCCCAAACCCUCUGGGCUCCAACAUUCCUAUGCACCCAAGUGCACCAGGGCCAGGCGUGCCUCCCCAGAACCCCAUGAUGCUGCCCCCAGGGCCACAGGACUCGAUGAACCAGCAGUGCGGCCCCGUGCCCAACAGUUCACAGAUGAUCCCUUCCAACCAGCUUGUGUUCCCCCGCAUGCAGCAGCCCCACAACACCAUGCCGUCUCCUGCCGGGGGCAUGCCCAUGGCCCCUGGUGGUGCAGGUGGCCCUGGGAUGCAGCAGCAUUACCCACCAGGGAUGCCCUUGCCACCUGAGGAGCUGCCCUCCCAGCAGCCCGGCCAGAUGCCCCCUCAGCAGCAUAUGAUGGGGAAGAACAUCCCUCCUCGGAUCGGUGAGCCCUACCCAGCCGUGCUUCCUGGGGUGGCGUCAGUGCUGAAUGACCCCGAGCUCAGCGAGGUGAUCCGCCCCACGCCCACUGGCAUCCCCGAGUUUGACCUGUCCAGGAUCAUCCCAUCGGAGAAGCCAAGCAGCACCUUGCAGUAUUUCCCCAAGAGCGACAGCCAAGCGCCCAAAUCGCAGCCUUCCAACCUCCAUCUCAUGAACCUGCAGAACAUGAUGGCUGAGCAGCCCCCAGUGCGGCCAGGUAUGACUGCCCCCAGCCUCCCUGGGCAGCAGGGCGUACAGAGGGGACUCAGCAUGCCCAUGUGUCAUCCUGGACAAGUGCCCAUGCUGGGCAGGACAGGCAUACCGCCCCAGCAAGGCAUGAUGGGCAACAGCAUGCACCAGGGCCUCAUGUCCCCACAGCAGAGCCUGAUGGCCCAGCAGAAUUUCAUGCUUAUGCAGGCCAAGCAGAGGAGCAUGUCUGUGUCAGGGGAGAUGUAUGCCCAGACAGGACACAUGAUGUCACCUCAGGGCUCCCUCAUGGGGCCCCCGCCCCAGCAGAACCUCAUGGUCACGCACCAGAUGAGGCAGAGGAGCGUCUCCUUGGACAGCCAGAUGAGUUACAUCCCUGGGCCCGGGAACAUGGCAAACCUGCCUUUCUAACCCGGCUGGCACUCAGCUGGGGAGGGGACAGGGCUGCCUCUGCAGACAUUUUUAAACCUUUCUUGGGGGACAGUUGGGGGCCAACGCCGGUGGAGGACACGAUGUGGGAUGCUGUUCGGAUCGGAUUCGCCUCUACACAGAAAACCAGAUGUGCAGUAAACUUGAUGUGAAUCGGGUUUCUUUUCCUUUCUUCUUGGGGAGGUGGAGGGUGGAGGGGCUGGGAGCAGGGCUGUCGCGCUGAGCCCUGCGUGCUGACCAGGGACAUCCAGACCCAGUGGCAGUUUGUACAGUGUUCAGUUUUGGUUCUCCUCUGUCAAGUGUUCUUCCUCCCCCCCCUUUUUUUUCCUUUUUUCUUUUUUCUUUUUUUUUGUCUGUUUUCCUUUCCCCCCCCCUCCUUUUUUCCUUUGCAAGCAAACAAAUGUGCAAGAGGGUUUUUGGAACUAGCUGUAAAUAGGUCGCUGGGAAAGGCAAAACUUGUGCUGGUUUUUAAUUGUUCUGUAUUUCUGUGUUUUAAUAGAAGCCUCAAAACAUGUUUUAAAAAACGAAAACAAACAAAAAAAACCCCACCAUGCUAAAGGCAACAGUGUACAAGGAUUUAAAACUCCUGAGGGGCAGCAGGAGGAUCCCCCAGGAUGCACAGGGCAUUGAGAGAUCCCAUUUUAGAGUGACUGAGUCAAACCUGUGUUGUUCCCGUGUCCCAAAAGUUUGCAUGUGCGGGGUGUAUGGCUUCAUGCAGAUCCUAGGCCCCUGUGGAUGCUGUGCUGAGCACACGGUUGCAGCCAACGACUGAGGCCUCUUGGGGAGGUCAGAGCUGUGGCCACGGUGAAGUGCUGCUGGAGCAGCCUCCCGGGAUUUGGCUAUUGCUGCUCCGUGGUGAAGCUGCUGUGGCUGAGGUGGGGGUGGUGCUGACCCUUGGGCUGGAGAAGCGGUGAGGAUCUGGGCUGUGCAGGUGGUUAACAUGCCAGACCCAAAGGUCUCGACCAGCCGCGUCACCUUCAGUCCCUUCCCUUCGUGCUGUGUCACCUGUGGGCAGGGUGGUGCGGCAUGUAAGGAUAGACAGGCUCCGAGAUGAGUGAGGUGAAGCGUUCCUGUGUUUCCAGGAGAGGUGAGCUGAGAACCCUGCUCUGCUGCGGCCUUCCUACACCAGUCUUUUACCAGUCUGUCGCCCUCUGCGACUGUGCUGUGCCUCCUCUACCUCUGCCAUUGAGUGCUCUCCCAAGUCUUCCUCAUGCUUGUCAGUGAUCCAUCUGCAGAGUUUCACAGGCAGUCUUUGCUCCACCUCGCCCUGAGCUACUGGCAGCAGCCCUGCACUGCUGUGCAGUAGAGGUCCAGCCACUGGUGAGGAUCUGUCCCUGCAUGUGAUGCUCCAUCUUGGUGUAAGAGUUGUCUUGUAUGGUGUCAGUGGCACAGCCCCUCUGUGCUUCAGGCAGAAGAGGGUGUGUUGUGGCCUCAUUCCCAGGCUGGUGGAAGCUGUUCGAACAACUCCAGCUGCUCUGGAUGUGCUUCACCCUCCCUCUCCUCAGCUCUGUAAGGUCUUCCUGCCCACGGUGCUGAUGUCCCCACUGUGUUUGCUCAGAGGGGACCGCAGGGUGACACGUGUGCACUUCUGCAUGCACUGCGGUAUCUCUGGACCUCUGCAGGGACCUCUGCAGGUUCCAGCAUGGAGUACCCUAUGGAUAUCUGGCAGUGCACUCAGGGCAGGCGACUGCUGGGGGAACACGCACUGGAGGGUUGUCUCUGCAGAGCCAGACUUAGCAUACUACCUCUCUUGUAACAGAGCUCGCAUUUCCCUACAUGCUACUGCAGGGAGGAGAGUGCUUUCAGAAAGGGAGGUUGUCAAGUAGCAAGCAAAUGGCAGGGCUUUUUAUUGUGUUGCAAGCUGUUGAGGAAGACCAGUGGCUGUCUUGAUCUAAUCUGUGAAAUAGGGGGAGCCACGAAGUCCAGUUAGGAAUACCUUGAAGUCUUGGGUGUUUUGUAGCAAGCAGUACUGGGUGGGAAGCAUGUGUCUGGAUUUGAGGAAGGCUUUCACUCUGGUCUCCAGCUCGGUGUGGUUUUGUUGUGUACAGUGUGAGCACACAGCUUUUUCAGAGAUGGCAAAAUGGGAACAGUCCUGGGAGGUGCUCAUCCCUGCCUUGGCAAGUUGGAGUGGAGGAGUAAACCCCAGGCUAAUGAAGUGUGCUUUGGACCUGGGGUGAUAGCUGGUUGGAUUCUCUAUCCAUUCAGAACAUGCAUUUCACAUGGGAGGAUGUGGCUUUAGCAGAUGCAGUUCUUUCUAAGCCUGACUUGCCUGAAAGGCCGUGGCUUCUCUUGGCUGCACUUGGGGGGUUGGCUGCCCGUAUUUUCCUAUAAACAUCCAAACCAGUGCCAGCCCUGAACCCUGCUCAUCACCCACCAGCUAGUUGUGGUUAAUUUGAAGCCAUACUUUUUUCUAUACGGAAUCUUUUUGUUUGUCUGUAGACAACUGUUGUUUUAGCCUGGUUGAGAUCUCCACGUGUCCGUACCUUCCCUGUUGAUGGCUGAACAUCAGAUGGGAGAAGAAGUGCUGCCUAACACCCCUCUGCGCCAUGGCCGCUCCCGGCCACGUCUGUAAACAGCAAUAUGGCAGGAGCUUCUCAAGAAGCUCCCUAACAGCCAGUCCUUGUUAGACCCAGGCCAGGUUUGCCUCCAGCCGGUUGCCCACUGCCGUGAGCUGUGUCUAGUCUCGUGUCUUGUAGUUUAUUGCUCGGCUUCUCAGCUUGAGUUCUGUGUCCUGACUCCACCUAAUCACAGUAAAAGGUUUGCCCAUGUUUUAGCCAUGAUUUCGCCACGUUUUCCAGCUCCAAAAAAAGUGACUGCUGGGAAACCGCAUCUUUCAGUAUGUCAGAUAAUCACAUGCCCAGAAGUAGCUUUCACGUUGAGGUAAUGGUGACUGACCUGUUCUCUGUCAUCUCAUGGAGAAACUUCCCCAGUCAUUUUGUACCAUUAUAUAAAUAUAUAUAUAAAUAUAAAUAUAUAAAUACAAUAUGUGAAGACAUCUUACUGGUUUUUAUUUGAAACAAUUUUUAGGCUUGUUUUUGGGUAUCUGUGCUGCCUGUAAUGUAUUGACCUGUUUUAUAGGUGCCUUUUUAUUAAAAAGACAAAUUUCAAAACCUAA